AUGUGAGGGGGGCAGCAGGAAGGCUGUAUGACCUGUUCUGUAACAUCGCUCUCCUCCCCAGAAGCAUGUGACCAUGUGAUCGCAGCCUCUCUCUCUGCAGCCAGACAGACAGAUUGAGUUAACUUGUGACCAGAGCAGUAGCAGCAAGCAGCAGCAGCAGUAGCCCGACUCUCUCUGGAAGAUAAAAACAGCCCCCGCACAGAUCUCCUUCAAUCACUUCAUCUCAACCAGACAUCAUGGACUGCGGAAUCUUCACGUCCAAGACCGUCCUCCUCUUCCUCAGCUUGAUAUUUUGGGCUGCAGGAGGAUUGAUGGCCUAUGUCGGGGCCUACGUGAUCAGGAGUUAUGACAAUUUCAACAACUUCAUCCAGGACAAGUACACUCUAAUCCCUGCUGCUAUCAUUGUUGGUGUCAGCGUGGUGAUGUUCAUUUUUGGUCUGUUGGGAUGCUUCGCCACAAUACGGGAGUCCAGAGCCGGUCUCAGCUUUUUCUUCUUUUUCAUCAUGGUGAUCUUUGUAGCCGAAGUUGCUGCUUUGGUAUUCAGCUUCAUCUACCAAAACAAGAUAAGCGGAGACCUGCAGCGCUCCAUGAGUGAUGUCUUCUCCAAGUAUGAUGGAGAAGAUGCUGAGACCAAAGCUGUGGACUACCUUCAGACUCAGUUGCAGUGCUGUGGUGUCAGAAACUACACCAGCUGGUCCAGCACGGCCUGGUUUACAGAGCACAACAACACAGUGCCUCUGAGCUGCUGUAAAAACAUUUCCUCUGAACAGUGCACAGGCAGACUCGACCAAGUAGACCUGCUGAACGUUGAGGGUUGUGAGGCCAAGCUGGAGGUGCUCUUACAGGAUGUAUUGGGUUAUGCCAUGCUUGUCAUCCUGGGCUUCGCAAUUGUAAAGUUCUUUGGCAUGCUAAGCGUGUGCGUGAUCACCUGUAAAGCUGGCAGCCGGAGGAAUGGCUACCAGCCUCUCUAUGCCUGAGACAUCCCUGCAACCAACUACCACCUCCACUUGUUGCUUGACUAGCUUUGCUGACAACUUUAUCAGCGAUGUACGGACACAUCUAGACUAAACAUUGUACAAACAUGAGUUUUAUUUUUGUUUAUGGCAUAUAGUAUAUAGAAAAUCUAUGUUUUAGUCUAAAGGGGACCAAGAUGAAGUGUUCCUCCUCUAAAAGUAUCAGCAAAAUGUGCCCUUCACUUGUUAAAUCCUUUGAUUGAAUACAGACAUGGCUUUCAAUUUGAUUUGUAGUCUGUAUUUCCCAAUUUGGAUUUGACCCAAAGUUUUUGCCUACAUGUGGCAUUCCUUUAGAUUACACAUGUGACAGAAGCACGAGACACAGUUUGGAAAGUGAUUGGUUUUUGUUUGCUGAAAGUCUUAGAUUUUAGAGCAUCUGUUUAUUCCUCAUGUUUACUGUAAAGCGGGUGCAGUUCUGUGACAUCAUGACAGGAGACAUGUGACAGAAAACAUUAAGGUGCCUAUUUGUAUAUCUCGCCUCACCAUCUCACUCUGCUGCGUCAUGUAGAUAUUCUUUGAAGGAACAUUAUUCUUUGGAAUAUAUUCAAAUGAAAUAUCAAGCUACAUAUGAAGCUUGCUGUGAUUCUGAACAAAAGGAGAGAGGUUAUGUGCCUGGCAUUUAGGUGUAUAAAUACAUAUACAUGUAUGCAAUUUUAACUGUAUUAAAUGACACAGUGUGACUUUGGUUGUGUUUACUAUGUUUCUAAAUUAAACCGGUGAAAACUUCCCACUUA